UUCUUUUUUCAUUUUGGUUUUGUUGUUUUCAAUUUUAGCGCCAUCGUCUUCAAUGCCUCUCUGAACAGCCCCGAGGAAGUGAGAGAAAGAGAGAGCGCGCGCCGGGGAGAGGAGAUAAGAAGAUGAGGAUUAUUUGCAGACAGAUUGUCUUGUUGUUUUCUGGAUUUUGGGGACUCGCCAUGGGAGCCUUUCCGAGCAGCGUGCAGAUAGGUGGCCUCUUCAUCCGAAACACAGAUCAGGAAUACACUGCUUUUCGGUUAGCGAUUUUUCUUCAUAACACCAGCCCCAAUGCGUCGGAAGCGCCUUUCAAUUUGGUACCUCAUGUGGACAACAUUGAGACGGCCAACAGUUUUGCUGUAACAAAUGCUUUCUGUUCCCAGUAUUCUAGAGGAGUCUUUGCCAUUUUUGGACUCUAUGAUAAGAGGUCGGUGCAUACCUUGACCUCCUUCUGCAGCGCCUUACACAUCUCCCUGAUCACCCCGAGCUUCCCUACGGAGGGGGAGAGCCAGUUUGUGCUGCAGCUGAGGCCUUCCUUGCGAGGCGCACUCUUGAGCCUGCUGGAUCACUAUGAAUGGAACUGUUUUGUCUUCCUGUACGACACAGACAGGGGAUAUUCAAUACUUCAAGCUAUUAUGGAAAAGGCAGGACAAAAUGGUUGGCAUGUCAGCGCUAUAUGUGUGGAAAAUUUUAAUGAUGUCAGCUAUAGACAACUUCUAGAAGAACUUGAUAGAAGACAAGAGAAGAAAUUUGUAAUAGACUGUGAGAUAGAGAGGCUUCAAAACAUAUUAGAACAGAUUGUGAGUGUUGGAAAGCAUGUUAAAGGCUACCAUUAUAUCAUCGCAAACUUGGGAUUCAAGGAUAUUUCUCUUGAGAGGUUUAUACACGGUGGAGCCAAUGUUACAGGAUUCCAGUUGGUAGAUUUUAAUACACCUAUUGUAACCAAGCUAAUGGACCGCUGGAAGAAACUCGAUCAGAGAGAGUAUCCAGGAUCUGAGACUCCUCCAAAGUACACAUCCGCUCUGACUUAUGAUGGCGUCCUGGUGAUGGCCGAAACUUUUCGAAGUCUUAGAAGGCAGAAAAUUGAUAUUUCAAGGAGAGGCAAUGCUGGGGAUUGUCUAGCAAAUCCUGCUGCUCCAUGGGGCCAGGGAAUUGACAUGGAAAGGACACUCAAACAGGUUCGAAUUCAAGGACUGACAGGGAACGUUCAGUUUGACCACUAUGGACGUAGGGUCAAUUACACAAUGGAUGUGUUUGAGUUAAAGAGCACAGGGCCGAGAAAGGUUGGUUACUGGAACGAUAUGGAUAAAUUAGUCUUGAUUCAAGAUGUACCCACUCUUGGCAAUGACACAGCAGCUAUUGAGAACAGGACAGUGGUUGUAACCACUAUUAUGGAAUCCCCAUAUGUUAUGUACAAGAAAAAUCACGAAAUGUUUGAAGGAAAUGACAAGUAUGAAGGCUACUGUGUAGAUUUGGCAUCUGAAAUUGCAAAACAUAUUGGUAUCAAGUAUAAAAUUGCCAUUGUCCCUGAUGGAAAGUAUGGAGCAAGGGAUGCAGACACAAAAAUCUGGAAUGGGAUGGUAGGAGAACUUGUUUAUGGGAAAGCAGAGAUUGCUAUUGCCCCUCUGACAAUCACUUUGGUCCGAGAGGAGGUCAUUGACUUCUCUAAGCCCUUCAUGAGUUUGGGCAUAUCUAUCAUGAUCAAAAAGCCUCAGAAAUCUAAACCAGGAGUGUUUUCCUUCUUGGAUCCUCUGGCCUAUGAGAUCUGGAUGUGCAUAGUCUUUGCCUACAUUGGUGUCAGCGUGGUCUUGUUCCUAGUUAGUAGGUUUAGUCCAUAUGAGUGGCACACAGAAGAGCCAGAGGAUGGAAAGGAAGGACCCAGCGACCAGCCUCCCAAUGAGUUUGGCAUCUUUAACAGCCUCUGGUUUUCCCUGGGUGCUUUUAUGCAGCAAGGAUGUGACAUUUCACCCAGGUCCCUGUCGGGUCGGAUCGUGGGCGGAGUGUGGUGGUUCUUCACGCUCAUCAUCAUCUCCUCCUACACCGCCAACCUCGCCGCUUUCCUCACCGUGGAGCGGAUGGUCUCGCCCAUCGAGAGCGCGGAAGACCUGGCCAAACAAACAGAGAUCGCCUACGGGACGCUGGACUCGGGGUCCACGAAGGAAUUCUUCAGAAGAUCAAAAAUAGCAGUGUAUGAAAAAAUGUGGACCUACAUGCGGUCAGCCGAGCCGUCGGUGUUCACGAGGACCACGGCCGAGGGCGUGGCGCGGGUCCGCAAGUCCAAGGGCAAGUUCGCCUUCCUCCUGGAGUCCACGAUGAACGAGUACAUCGAGCAGCGAAAGCCCUGCGACACCAUGAAAGUGGGAGGAAACCUCGAUUCCAAAGGCUAUGGAGUGGCCACGCCCAAGGGGUCCUCAUUAAGAAAUGCUGUUAACCUCGCAGUUUUAAAACUGAAUGAACAAGGCCUCUUGGACAAAUUGAAAAACAAAUGGUGGUACGACAAAGGAGAAUGUGGCAGCGGGGGAGGUGACUCCAAGGACAAGACGAGUGCCUUGAGCCUGAGCAACGUAGCAGGCGUCUUCUACAUUCUGGUUGGCGGCCUGGGCUUGGCAAUGCUGGUGGCUUUGAUAGAGUUCUGUUACAAGUCCAGGGCAGAAGCGAAGAGAAUGAAGGUGGCAAAGAGUGCACAGACUUUUAACCCAACUUCCUCGCAGAAUACCCAGAAUUUAGCAACCUAUAGAGAAGGUUACAACGUAUAUGGAACCGAAAGUAUUAAAAUUUAGGGGUAGGACUUAGGGCCUACUACAGUGAGUGGGUGAUGCAUCCUGUAAACGCAGUGUUGUGACCUGUCUGUCCCGUGGUGGUUUUGCUUGCUUCUCAUUAGAGCUUCAUAACUCCGACAACUUCAGUGCAAAGCGGUUCGGUUUUCUUUGGCUGCAGAUGUUCUGUUUGAACCUUUAUGUUGCCAAUAGAGAUCUGCAUUGAAAGGGCCCGAAAGACAAAAACAAACCCGCAGAAUCACUCUGUGAAAUGAUCUAAACACUAUAUCCUACCUGAAAUUUGAGAGGAAUUGGAAACUGGAUCUGGGUUUUCUUUGUACAUAGACUAGGCUGAUCUUCUCCGGAACAAUCAAAUUUUAAAAUAAGUGUUAACAAAAUAAGUAUAAAACCCGAUUCAAAUGAUCAAAGCUCAGGCAGCUGCCAGAUCAGGUUUUCUGAGAAACAUUAUAUGCAAAAGCUUCAUGGAGCAGAGUCGAUGCUCAACACAUUUGAGCUCCGAUUCUAAUUUGUUUUACAUUAGCCAUCGCUCUAUAUUUUUAAAGAGUAAAACCCAGCUGUUUGCUCAUCUGACAGGAGUCCUUGAGCCAGACCUUCAGGCAGGAGUGAUCAUCAGGAUAUUGACCACAAUUCACGUUUAUUAGAGUUUAUUAGAUGAAAUUCAGCUUUUUAUGUUCACAAUAUCACUAAGGUGGUCAGACACUUUAGACAAUAUAGCAGUUUCUCCAUCAGAGAUAUCAGCAGUAUGUGUGCUUUUGAACGCAGUAAAAGAUAAAAAUUGCUGUGAGUUAUUGCGGAUUUUUUCUUAUUUCAAUUGCUUUAAGUAAGCCAGAUCAGCCGCACUUACUCACAUGCUCUCAUCACACCACAAUAAAAAAAAUUGUGGGCAUUCAGUGAAAUAAUAGGAGAUGGAGAUAAUUUUGGAAGAACCUAAAUGUCCACUACUUUUUUCCUCUAGUGGUUGCAAGUGGUUUUAAAAUAAGAUCUAAAAGCAUUUGUUAUUGCUCUUCCUAAAACAGGUCUCUAAAACCUAUUUCCUAAAGUUAUAUAUAACAGCCAGCUGAAUAGGUUGCUCAUUCUGAUUAAAAUGACAAAAGAGUCUUUAAACCCAGGAGAGACAUUCCAUGCUUGAUGUAAAAAACCUAAUAUAAUUUUCAUAGUAAGAUAUACACCUGAGGUUAUGCCAGGCAAACGUGCUUGAUUUUAAUAUUUAUUUCUUCAUAUAAAAGUUAUUGAAAUAUUUGUAUCUUAAAACAAUAUCUAAUUGCUUUUAUCCACAUUCUAGAAAUCAAUGACUGAGUAUAACUGCACAUAAGUAAGCCCAAACUGGUUCUUUCCCAAUUUUGUGGGAAAAAAUUAAGAAUAAAACCCUCAAUUCACUCAGAUCAGAAUGUUUUGAGCAUGUUUUCUAAAAGCAAAACAACAAACUAGGAUGGUAUCAAAGCCUGGGCCAUUAUAAGAAUGCUUUCACCUUAAUAUUUACAGAAUUGAGGAGAGAUUUUCCCGAAUGAGAAGAACAAAACCUGAAAGGUUUUCAGAGCCAAUUAUUUAGACUUCAUUUUGAGAUGAAUUUUAUAAGAUGUCUUCAAUAAAAAUUUUAAUCGGUUUAUUAAAAUUUACUUUUCUUUGGCAUAGCAAAGCAUUCCAACCAUCAGCAAAGUCCAAGGGCAGAGAAGCAAAGCAAAGGAAAAAAGAAUACUGGAAAAUUCCAGAAAGAAAUGCUCAUGGAUGCCAGUUUAUUACAAAGCUCUGGGAAGUUGUUAAAGAGAGAUGAACAUUCCCAGGUUAUGUACAUACAAUUUACAUCUAAUAAUGUUUUCAGAAGCAGAAUCUGGCAUUGCAGUUCAUCACAUGAAUUGCCUUUAGAGCUGGGGUUGAACUUUUAAGACAAUAAAUUUCAUAUAAAAAUAAAGCAUUAAUUUCCAUAUGACUUUUUAAAAGACAUAUUGGAAUUCAGGGUAAAUGAAGUGAUCUGCACCUGUAGAGAAGCCUUGAAAGUAAGUUGUUUUUGUUGCACUCCCAUAUUAAAUGGCUUUUUCCUUUCAAAAACUCUGUUGGCCAUAAUUAUGCAAAUAUUUGACAAUUUAGAUAAUAUUGUUCCAGAAUCUCAGAAACAAAACCUAAAACCUUCAAUAUAUUGUAGAGUUCAACUUUAAAAGUGACCAUCCCUCAAGGAGAACACAUACAAUUAAAAUCAUAGCCAUCAGCCACAACAAUCCAACCAGACACAGACAUAUGGAAAUUUUUAAGAAACUUUUCCAGUUUGAGCAGCUUCAACAGGUUCACAUCAAGAUGAAUAGAAAUGACCUUUUAUGGGAGAAUUGGAAGAUAUAAUAGGCAAUAAGAAUGCUAAGAACUAAGAAUGCUGAGAUUUAAAGAGAAAUUAAGGAGUUGACAAAGAUUUAUUAUUACACUUGGUUGCAUUAAUCUGUAGAGGAGAGAAUACUCAGAACUACGUGCGAUCUCCUACUUUUGGAUGCUUUCCUUUCCUCACCAAGGCAAAAGAAAA